AUGUGGUGGAAGAUUCCGAACCGGAGAGAGAAGAGCAAAGACAGCGAGAGAAAAGAGAGCGGAAAAGGAGAAAAUCUUGAAUAUCAGGAACAGAUCGGUCAAAAUCAGCAUGCAGCCGCGAGGAUCACGGGUACGACUUUUAAACUUGCUUAUAGCCCCUACAUUAUGGCCCCUGCUGAGGUGGAAAUGUCUUGUCCUUGUGUUAUGGACAUGAACGCUGAGAGUGUGCAGUCUACUGUUGACGCUAUCAUGCUGGUCGAUCAUGCUGAUGGAACCGACUGUGUAGAAAAGCCCCCAGCUAAUUUAGGGCCAUUCCAGUCCGAAAGUGCUGCUCUUCCGUUUCAAAAACCAAUCAGGCGUUCGUUUCCUACUCCCCCCCCUAUCGAAUUCUUAGCGGCUUCUGACGACUCAGAAGAUGAAGGAGGUAGCAACCGUUUAAAGCUCAAUCGUUUUGCUUUCAAGGUGUCCCAAUCCUCCAUUCGCUCUGGCUCUUUUCCCAGGACAGGACACUCGCACCCUGGUUCAUUGGUAACUGUUGGCUUGGCUCCAUUGCCUAAAGCGAAGAAAUCCCAAUCCAUGAGCCUUCACUUCGCAGAGAAUUUCUCCAACGCUGAAAUUGGUAGACUCAAGAAAUGCAUCAGCUGUGACGCUCGUUGGACUACUAGGAAAAGUGCAAAUCAAAAAAUGGCGCAUAUGCAAUCAUGUACGAAAAAGAACGCUCUUUCAGACACCACAGUUCGAGCUUUGAUUCAGAAGGAGGUUGAUGCUGCUUCAGACGAUGAUAUCUCAAAAAAGGGGAAAGCCAAGGCCUCGGAACAGGACGAUACUACCACGACCUAUCUGGAAAAAUUGGUAAACGGUGUAUCUUCUAAGAAAGGUAGACGUCCGACUGUGCUGGAGACUGUGAAAACGCUUCCGGAGACCCGGGGUGAUAUACUUGCCAGAGCGCGUGCUGUUCUGGGGAACAGACAAGCAGAGCCCUUUGAUGCAGAACCCAACACCACACAAGUAUUUGGACAGAGUAAACUCGUUUCCAAAGUUCCACAUCCUCUGGCUAGCAUACACUCUACGCAAAUUUUCGCGGAAAGCGCUCUCGGACACAAGCAGACACUUCAAGGCUGA